CAACUACGUCGCCCAGUAGUGCCCUUCAUGCGCAGGCUCACCACCAUGCAUACCGAGGACGAUCUAGCGUUGAGGCGAUUCGAGCCACGUCACCGGCCUUCAUGCACGGUGGAUCCUUCGCAAAUGCGCCUCGUCCGAAUUUGGGGGCCUAGAGCGCGAAAAGCCGCGCGACGUGGGACGAGGAUCGAGGACCUUUUUGGGCGCCUCGCAAGGCUCAAUUAAGGCUCUUUAUCCUCGAAAAUGCGUCAGUUAUGGCGUUCCUAUAACCUGAACGAACCUAGGCUUGUAUCGCCUACGCCGCUUCUCUGCGCCGGCAGCCAGCUGCAUCUCACCUACUCAACGCAUCUUCUCGCGCAUAGUCGCUGCCCAUGAGCUUCAUUCCACCAUGACCUCGGAGACUUCCAACGCCCUGAAUGCUAUUGGUACCUUGAUUGGUUACAUCGGCACCGAAGUAGCGACAGAUGACUUCUUCGACCGGCUGCUUUGGCCCCGGCGCUCGUACAAUGGAUUCUCCUGGGGGCAUAUUCCAAAGGUUGCUCUGCUGAUGCCCAUGGGUGGACCACUCCAUAAGGCGGCACUGUCCACCUUGGAUGACUUUUACAAGCACGGCCUGUACGAACGACACCAGCAAGGACAUAUGCUCGGUACGUCUUUCUUCCGCGACACGAAGCUGAGAUACAGGGUCUAUGGGGACGAGGCAGGGUACGAAAAUGAGUACGUCCGCAACGGACUCUGGGUCAGGGCCAUUAUCAAAAUGCCCUUUCCAGUGUCGACUCGGAAGCAGGGCGGAGAAGAGUGCGGCGAAAUAUCAAAAGUGGUGCCCAAGGUUCGACAAAAGAUAUGCGUAGGCCACCUGGAGUUGAUGGAGCUUCCAGUCAAGGAGAAGGUCUCCAUGACAAGCACGGUUUUCGAUGACGCGGGCCGUCCUACACUACGAACAUAUCUUGCAUUGCUCACUACUGAGCUCUCGGCUAUUGUGGUCUCCAUCACUGUCGCAGUGGCUUGGAGGUCCGCCUUUGCUUGCUUAUGGUUGCUUCCACUGGCGUUAAAGUUUAUCAGUGCUCUGCUUGCACUGAAUCGAGAGAAACUAAAGGUUCCUUCUCCACUGCCAGCAGCAUCGCCGCCAUCAGCAAAGCCAGUACCGCAAGGCAAGCCCAGCCUAUUCGGAGUCAGGAAUCCUGCUGGCGGCUUCGUACUCGUCGACGCCGACGAAUCAAUAGCCCUUCAGUUCUUCCGCCAUCACGGCCACCCCGCUAGAUCGAAGAACCGCGAAAUCAUUCAAAUCGCCAUAGUGGUAGCGUUUACCCUCGUCUUCCCGAUCGGCCUUAUUUGCUCGACUUUGUGGAUGGGAGAUGCUUUGCAGAAGAUGUGGGUUGGGUACCAGUUAUACGCAACCCUCGCCAUGUAUGUAUAUCGGUACUCAGGGGGGCAUCUUUGGUGCACAACGGAAGAACAGAUUGGCGAGGCCUUUGCAAGGUCAGAGAAUGGAAAUCAGGAGGGAUCCAGUCUUGUAAUGUUCAAAGCGGACGAUGGCAGUGCAAUAGCUGCAAAGCUGGAACGGACCUGCCAUUCGCGAUACGGGGAGGCGGUGGAGUACGUGGAGAAUUUCAUCCAGAAAUGGCAACAGAGGAAUUUUCCAGCGAGUUUUCCUCCAGAAACCGGAGUCUGUUCCGGUAAGGAGAGUAGAAGUAGCUCUUCUGGAAGCGACUUCAUAGAGAGACGGAGGACAGAUGACUGGUCAUGAAACCAGUUGCUAUUUAUUCAAUUCAACGGAAACGAAAGUACCACCCGAAGGCGACUCGGAUCCCUAGUAAGAAGGUUCCGUGAGCAUAAAUGAGGCGUAUAAACCAUUGCCAUCACACUCGCACGCAUGGUUCGGCAAGACCAAGGAGUUGAUUGAUUAUUUCGAUAGAGACCCCUGGUUUACCUCUCUUUGGGAAUUAUCAAGAAAC